AUGAACGUAAGCAGUGGUUUUGAUGAAGCUUACAAAGUCAAGGGAAUGUUCGGGUACAUGCAUUCUGACGUUGCCCCAGAAGUUAUCUUGAGACCCAAGGCUGACAUACUGUCGUUUAUUCCUGACAACGUUCUAACAUUGGCACUACCUGUGGUUGCGUACUGGGCAUUGUCUCUGAUUUUCCAUUCUAUCGAUGUAUUGCAUUUAGCAGAAAAGUAUAGAAUACACCCAAGUGCAGAAGUAGCUGCUAGAAAUAGAGUUGGGCGCAUAGAGGUUUUAUGCGAGGUUUUAUUCCAGCAUAUUGUUCAAAGUGUUGUUGGGUUUGUGACCCAAAUUUGGGACACUCCACCAAUGACUGGUUAUGAAGAAAGAGCUUUAUGGAAGUGGAGACAGUAUCUACCAUCUUCAAUCCCUGAUGCUGCCAUUUAUGUCGGUUACAUGUACGGAUUUUCAGCUGUCAAGCUUUUGGUUGGGUUUACCUUUAUUGAUACUUGGCAGUAUUGGUUGCAUAGAUUAAUGCACACUAAUAGUACUCUUUACAGGAUGUUUCAUUCUAGGCAUCAUCGUCUAUAUGUUCCAUACGCAUAUGGUGCACUUUACAAUGCUCCAGUCGAAGGUUUCUUGUUAGACACCUUAGGAACUGGUAUUGCUAUGAUAAUAACGUCAUUGUCUUACAGGGAACAAAUGGUUUUGUACACAUUUGCUACAUUGAAAACUGUGGAUGAUCAUUGCGGUUAUGCAUUGCCUUGGGAUCCAUUCCAGUUUUUCUUCCCUAAUAAUGCAGUCUAUCAUGAUAUUCAUCACCAAAACUUCGGUAUUAAGACAAACUAUGCUCAACCUUUCUUUACAUUUUGGGAUACUUUGUUCGGCACAUACUUCAAAGGGUUCGAAGAUUACCAAAAGGCACAAAGACGAGUGACCAUUGACCAAUACAAGAAGUUUUUGGAUGAAAGAAAGAAGAAAAGCCAGCCAGGUAAAACUGAGUGA